CAUCAUUUCAUGAGCUCAUGAAGGUGCGCGAGAGCAGCAAAGGACAAAACACAAACAACUUGAGUCUUAAGGUUUUACUUUUCAGACGGGGUCAAAAUAGAUUUUUCUUCCGUCUUCAUCUUUUAUGAUGGAGGGCUUUGCUGAUCUUCUCACUGAUGCAUUUUCAGAGGGUUCGGUUCCCUCGUUUUCCACGGGAGAUUUGGACUUUGAGAGCUUAUGUUUUGAUGAGAAGAGCGAGGAAGAACAGAACAAAAACCCAGUGACAGAGAACAACGAGGCUCGGCUUCAGGAAGCAUCUGCAGAAGGUGCAGCUUCGUUGCAGGGCCCCAAUGCAGACGCACCGAACUCAGAUGACAAAGAGCAGACUGAUGAGGAAAAUGAUGAAGAGGGGCUUAAUGGGGCCCGUUUUAGCAGUGAGACCCCAGAGGACGAUGAAUGCUCGAGCUCUGACGAAGAAGAACGGAGCUAUUUCUGCUCUGGAAGAGGUGGAGAGGAGGAGGCUGAAGGCCCAGAGGAAGAAGACGAUAGACUGAAGUCAAUUUAUGAAACAGUGCAUGGGAUCCUGGAGGAUGAAGACUCUGAGAUCCUGGAAGAUGUUGAUGAGCUUCAAGUCAGCAACAAGCUGCAAGAAGAGGUGCACAGUGAUGAAGAGGAGGACGGAUGUAGAAAUGCUAACGCUGUAGAAAGUCCUGAGAGUGAGGAGGAACAAGAGGUCGAACCGGACUCCUCUGAAUCCGACGACGAAGGUGUGAAAACUGAGGAGGAAGAGAAAGAAGAACCCAGCGCUGUCGAUCCAGCAGAUUUUGGUUUGGAGUUCUCCUGCAUAUCUCUCCAGAAUCUGGAGGAUCUCAUCUCUGAAGUGGAUGGUGAGGUUUACAGAGAGAAAAUGUCAGACUUCACUGGCGAGGAGCACCAGGAGGCAGGCGAGAGCUUUGCAGAUUACCCCUCAGACUUUUCCUCUGGUGAAUACGGCAGAAAUGCUGCCGCUGCACGGAGCGCCUCGCCUCGUCCACGGGAGGAAGCAGGCCUGGAAAGAGCCGGGACCGAAAGCGUGUGGAGCCACGGGUCUGAGGAGGCGGGUUCUGGGAAGGAGGAAGAGUUCCUGUUUAGCAGAGAUAUAGAAGUAAAUGUGGAGAAAAUGAUGAUGAGCCUGGAUGAAGCAGCUGGAGAUGAAGUUCAGAGGAAAACAGAGCAUUUGUUGAGCGGGACUAGCUUUGAUGAUGAAGAGAAGACAAGUGAGAGCGACUCCUACAGCUCCAGUGAGGAUGAAGAGCCGCUGAGAAGAUCCAGUGAUGUAUUUUCAGAUAAGUCCAGAACCCGAGUCCUUGAAGACGACACAAACCUGGAGAACAUCAAAUCUCUUGGUGCCAGCGGCUCUGAUGAUGGCAGCUUUGUGCGUGACAGACACGAUCCUGCUGAGUUCCUCACCUCAGGGUUCGGUGAGUUAGAAACCAAAACCUUCCUGUAUGAAUUCUUCCUGAGUGGAGAGGACACAGAUGGGACAGAAUCACCUAAUUCAGGGAGAAAUCAGUGUCCGGAUCAAGAUGUCAACAGAUACUCUGUGGUGGAGAAGAAAAACUCGAUACCAGCAAGUCCGUUCGUCCAAGGAUCCAUCGACGACAGCUUCUUCUUCAAUACUGAACCCAAUGACUUCACUGAUGAUGGACAGCAAGAGGAGGAGGAGGAGGAGCAGGAGGAAGAAGAGGAGGAAGAUGAGUACGAAGAAAGGAGAAACUUUGAACAGAUGAAGCAGAGAAUCGAAGCUUUCAAAAAAUUUUACGACAACUGCGAUGACGAGAACGGGCAACAAGAGAGGCAGAUAAAAGUUCAGUUUUGUGCGGACCCCUUAUCUCAAGUGAAUUAUUAUGAAACUGACAGUGACAGAGACUCAGUCAGCAGCUCCUCAGACAGGGAGGAAGACCUGAGCUCUGUAGAACAAUCCGACGACAAAGAAGAUCUGAAUCCUGCAGAACAAUCUGAAGACAAAGAGGAAGAUCUGAAUCCUGCAGAACAAUCUGAAGACAAAGAGGAAGAUCUGAAUCCUGCAGAACAAUCUGAAGACAACGAGGAAGAUCUGAAUCCUGCAGAACAAUCUGAAGAUACGGAGGAUGACCUGAGCAGUGGGGAACAAUUUGAGGACGAGGACGAAGACUCGAGCUCUGCAGAACAAUCUGAUGAACCGCGGGAGCCUGAAGAAGACCAGGACAUCAAACCUGUGUUUGACCCCCCGAUCGUUCAGCAGCACCAGAGUCCGGCAGACGUCGUCAACACACAAACCUGUACAGCGACGCGCAAGUCUUUCAGGACACUGAAGCUGAUUGUGACGCUGGGAGUGCUGACGGUGACCGGGCUGAUGAUGUUCUACCUGACCACGGACCAACCCGACUGGCUCACACAGUUUCUCUUCUAUUAGAGCCGCAGCUCACUUUGGUUAUAAAGAAUGAAAAAAAAAAAAACUCUGUACACAAAUGCAUUUCUACCUUUGAUGCUAUUUUUCUGACCUUUUCUUUGGAAAUAUAUAAAUGUAAAUUACAAGAAAAAAAAAAAACGUUUUUUUUUUUUUUUUAUGAAUCGUGUGGUAAUGAUUUUGUGAAUUAAAGUGCUGAAAUGUCAACCGAAUUUAUGAAUCUCAUUUUCUGAGCUGAACAUUUUCAACCAAACGCAAAUAUGAUUCAAAAUCACAAAACAAACCAGGGUUCUGG